GUAGGCAAUAACGAGUUGCUCGAGUAUAUAUGGGACAGUGGUAGCCAUCAACCGGCACACUCUCAGUCGCUCCGACCCGGGAACCAGGGCAUCAGCGGAGAUAGCAGGCUUUACUUCUUAGGCUAACUCGCUUUGGGCUUUGGUUCAGGAUGGAAACCUCUACGAUUUCUCGUAGCCGACGAUGCUCCAUCGUGCGCACCUACAAAAGCGGUCUCUCCCUCUGGCUGGUGGUGUGGCUGGUCCUCGGCAAGCCAAGUCCGGCGUCGGCGUGCCCGCAUCACUGCGUGUGCUACCCGACUCCCAUGACCGUGAGCUGCCAGGCGCAGAACUUCACCGCCGUCCCGGUCGGAGUGCCCUAUGAGUCCCAGCGCGUGUUCCUCCAGAACAACCGGAUCACGGAGCUCAGAGUUGGCUCUUUUGGCUUCGGCACUCAAGUUCUGUGGCUGUUCUCCAACAACAUCACGUGGAUUGAGGCUGGGGCCUUCAGUGAGCUGAGGGACUUGGAGGAGUUGGACCUCGGGGACAACCCCAACCUCCACAGGCUGGAGGGGGGAGCCUUCCGCGGCCUAGAGAAGCUCCAGAGCCUCCACAUGCACCGCUGCAAGCUCACUGCCCUGCCCCAUGACAUCUUCCACAAGCUGUACAGCCUGCAGUUCCUCUAUUUGCAGGAGAAUAAUCUUCACUUCCUGCAGGACGACAUCUUCUCUGACCUCAUCAACCUGAGCCAGCUUUUCCUGCAUGGCAACCGUAUCCGCACCCUCUCAGAGAACGUGUUCCGCGGCCUGGUCAACCUCGACCGCCUCCUCCUCCACGACAACCGCAUCAGGCAGGUGAAUCGCCGCGCCUUCCGCGACCUCGGCCGUCUCACCAUGCUCUUCCUCUUCAACAACACCCUGGCAGAGCUGCCCAGCCAGACCCUGAGAGACACGCAGGGCAUCGAGUUCCUCCGCCUCAACGCCAACCCCUGGUCCUGCGGCUGCGAGGCCCGCGCCCUGUGGGAGUGGUUCCGCGAGGCCCGCGUCUCCUCAUCCGAGGUCAUCUGCGCCUCCCCUUCGACCCGCCGCGGCCAGGACCUCCGCUUCCUCAGGGAGAUGGACUUCGCACUCUGCCCCCUGCCCGACCCCGGCUCCAUCGCUGGCUCCACCACCACCACCUUCAGCACCAAAACCCGCUGGUGGUUCCACAAGAACAAGCCCCAGUCAUCCACAAAAGGCGUCUUUGAGAAAGCUUCCGAGACUGUCAAGGCUGGUUUGUACGGGAAAGGCCCAUCCACGACCACCUCAGUAGUCAAGUACGAGCUGGGAGAGGAAGAGCUGGCGCUGCCCAAACUCGACCCAGAAGAGUACUGGGCGAACUACGGCAACGAAGACUCGAGUGUCACCCUGCGAUGCUUCGAGCUUGAAUGUCCGCCUGAGUUCGACACGCCUUCAUCCGCCUCUUCCCCCUCAUCGUCCUCGCCCUCCUGCCUCUUACUAGCAGCCCUCUCUGUAUUCAGCCUCAGCCUCCACCUUCUUUCCGGCUGAAUCUGACUCUUAGCAACACUCCCCUUUCCCUUCCAGCCUGUUUUAAAGGCUGCGAAGACCCCUGUUAGACUCUUGAUACCCUCUUUGCCCGCUUUGCUGUAAGCCAAUCCUCAAGGCACAGCGAGGGAGAUAGGGGGACGGUUAGAUUCUGAAUCUACCACCUACAGGGCUUAACACUUUUCAGGGCUGCUAAGAGUUCUUUAGCUAAGGUCACAUUUAUCUAUAAUACUCUGCGGGUGAGGCUUUCUGCGUCUCGCCUGUAUGAUGUCAUGAUUCCCUGCAAUCAGGGCUACGAGGGCUGAGUCCAACAAUAACAUCAGCGGGAUUUGAUAGCAGUUGUGAAUGAUGUUGUCAGUUUUUGUCACCUCAACUUAGUUAAAACUACUAGUGCUAUUAUAGUGCAUCCAAUUAACUGGCUGCUACAAUGCUACAAUUACUGUUAGAAUCCGUGCACAGUAAUGACAAUACUGUAACCACUUAAAGUGUUAUGUAAAUAGGUCUGUAUUUUUGUGAGUGUUCUAACUGAUAUCUGUGGUCCGGCACUUUCACCUUCAUCUAGAUCCAGGUACUACUUUGCAGGCGAGGGCUUCGUAGCCAGGCUGAGACAGUUUACUGUGAGAGAGGAGAGAGGAAAACUUACUGUGAAGCCGGGAGGGGAGGGGAAAGACAGAGAAGGGAACACAAGGAUGUCAACCCAGAAAGAAGGGUGACAAGUAAAAUAACAGGGAAAGGAAAGGAGUGGGGUUUUAAAGAUGCGGGAUUAGAAAGAGGAAAACACAAAAGCAAAGGAGGAAGGAAGGAGGGAGGGAGGAAGGACGGAGGGAGAGAGGAAGGAGAGAGGGAGGGAGGAAGGAGGGAGGGAGGAUAGGGAUGGUGUUUGAGCAGCAAUAAGAGCAGAACAGGGAGAAGACGGCGAGACACUACAGUAUGCGAGACAGGGCUGGCAGUAGAAGCAGCAACACGCAGGAGAAGAGUAAUAAAUCCACUCAUCAGUAGUUGUUCCAUCAUCAUCCCUCAUUCUCUGUAAAUACAGUGUCGCCUGCGACAACCACAGGGAAAGAAUUCUUCCUGUCAGGAAGCCAGAGAUUUUGGGGUUUUUGGAUGUCUUUCUGUGACAUAUUGAUAUAAUGUGUGAAGAUUGUUGACUUGGAUGCAAAAUGAAGAUCUUGAUAUAAAAGAUACACCGAAUA